CCUCUCCCUCUCUCUCCACAUCGCUCUGUAGCUUCUGAGCUGAAAACAGAGAAGACGUUGGUUCUUGGAGAUACUCGAGGAAAAAACUGGAAAAUAGCUGCUGCUGCCGCUUCUGCUGGAUGUUAACAUGUAUCGCUGCGUGCUUUAAUUAAAACACACACACACAAACAGAGGGAAACACACACACACACACACACACACACACACACACACACAUGCUCAGGGCUUCUGCAGUCAUGCCAGGAAUACCUGCUGAAUAUCUGCUGCUGCAUGGGACGUGAUGGAUGCUGCUUCUACUGAUGGAAACUGACACCGCUGACAGCGACGGAGGAUAAUAAUGAUGGAAGGUGGAGUGAUUUGUCGCCAGCCGGAGUCGCAGCAUUCCUCAACCGCCCCUCUGCUGCGCAUCACCGCUCCCUGAAGGAUACAUCGACCUUGACAUAUCGCAGCGUGUGUGCGUGACAACCUGGCACACGUCGAACUGAAAGGUUGCCCUGUCUGUGCCAAGAGCUGAGAGGCAACACGGCCAAAGCUUCAGGGACCAGGAGUCAGCAGAAAUCCACUCUGUCUUACCACAGUAACAAAUGAGCUUUUAUUUGUGAAGUUAACAGCGCUAACAGCUGACUCCGCGAGGGCCAAUUACCGGUUGAAGAGAAUACGAGGCCAAGAUGAAGGAGACAGCAGUUGUGGCUUGUUUGCUGGCUGAGCUGUCUCUGGCGGCUUUUGUUCUGGCCUCUGAGGGGGGCGCUCACUGCCCGGCAUUGUGUCGGUGUGAGAUACGACCUUGGUUCUCACCCAGCUCUGUGUACGCCGAGGCUGCCACUGUGGACUGUAAUGACUUGGGGCUCUCAGGGCUCCCAGAGAGACUCCCCUCAGACACUCAGGUGCUGCUGCUGCAGACAAACAACAUCAUGAAAGUGGAGAAAACUUUGGAUUACUUGGACAACAUCACAGAGAUUGACUUGUCCCAGAAUAACAUCUCCUCUGUGGGCGAUGUUUGUCUGGGGCCGCUCCACCAGCUGCUGUCACUCCACAUGGAGGAGAACUGGAUUCAGGAGCUUUCUGACAGCUGCCUUGCUUUCCUGCCCAACCUCCAGGAGUUCUACAUCAACCACAACCAAAUUUACUCCAUCCGCCCCAAAGCUUUCAAGGGUCUGAGUCGGCUGAUAAGGCUUCAUCUCAACUCCAAUCGACUGACAAGCAUCGACAGCCAGUGGUUCCAGCAACUCCCCAACCUGGAGAUACUGAUGCUUGGAGAAAACCCCAUUCUGGAGCUGUCGGACAUGAACUUCAAACCUCUGGAUAACCUGCAAAGCCUUGUGCUCGCCAAAAUGAACUUGACUGAAAUUCCUGAUAAUGCUCUGGAUGGCCUUGAGAAUUUGGAGAGCAUCUCAUUCUUUGACAACCUGCUCAAUCGAGUCCCAAGAGCAGCCUUAUCAAGAGUGCAGAAUCUAAAGUUUCUGGAUUUAAAUAAGAACCCCAUUGAGAGGAUCCAGAGAGGCGACUUCAUGGACAUGAUGCACCUGAAGGAGCUCGGCAUCAACAGCAUGCCUGAGCUCAUAUCUAUUGACAGUUUUGCCCUGAACAACUUGCCGGAGCUGACAAAAAUCGAGGCCACCAACAAUCCCAGGCUGUCCUACAUCCACCCCAGAGCCUUCCACAAGCUGCCCAGACUGGAGACUCUGAUGCUGAACAGCAACGCUCUGAGCGCCAUCCACCACAGCACAGUGGAGUCCCUGACCAACCUGCGAGAGGUCAGCCUGCACAGCAACCCAAUCCGCUGCGACUGCGUUAUCCGCUGGGUCAACAUGAACAGGACGGCUGUACGCUUCAUGGAGCCCGACUCGUUGUUCUGUGUGGAGCCUCCGGAGUAUCAAGGCCAGCACGUUCAAGAGGUGCACUUCAGAGAGAUGACGGAGAUCUGCCUUCCUCUCAUCUCACCCGCGAGUCUCCCAGAUCGAGUCGGAGUGGUCAAAGGGAGCUCUGUGUCGAUGCACUGUCGGGCGUUUGGAGAACCAGAGCCGGAGAUCUACUGGGUGACGCCAUCAGGCGACAGGGUCUUACCUGGGAGUGUUUCUGAUAAGUACUACAUGCAUCCUGAGGGAACCUUUGAUAUAUAUGACGCCACCGAGCAGGAAGCUGGAUCAUACACCUGCAUCGCUCACAAUCUUGUCGGUGCAGAUCUGAGGUCUGUGAUGGUUACGGUGGACGGACACAUUUCACAGCCCUCUAAUGGACCUUUACAUGUUUAUAUCACAUCAAUCCAAUCUCACUCUGUCAUGGUUUCCUGGGAGAGUACAGGUGGUUUGGUAUCGCAGCUCAAAUGGUCGAUUUUGGCUGACAGAAGUCACCUUUUGAUGCCAUUCAAAGCCAGGCUUCCUGCUGAUGUCAAAGAGUACCGCAUCAAACAGCUGAAGCCUUCCACCAGAUACAAGGUUUGUGUUGAGGUCACUGCAGGACGGCCCGGGAACAGCCGGGACUGUGUCAACGUGACCACAAAGGACGCAAUGGUCCAGAGGGAGAAAAUCCAGAACUGGGACAGUUUGGUGAUGGCUUCCUGUGCCGUGAUUUUUAUCGUUGUUGCCGUGUCCUGCUCUGUCAUCUACACAUCUCUGUAUAGCCAGGUGUUUUACAGGAAACUGAUAGCGGACCAGGGGGAAAUACUGCUGAUUCCAGACACUCAAACGUCCUCUUCUUCUUCUUCUUCUUCUUAUCUGGAAUUUGGUGCACCUGGGGUGAAAGUGAGGGCGACUGUGAUAGACUUACAGGGUGGCUCAAUGUGAGGAACGUUCUGUUUGGGAAAGCACUUUGGGAUUAAACAAAUGACGGAUGCUGGACGAUGUAAUUUAUGUGCCGGCUUUUCACAAUUUUCAACGGGACAUUCUGCACUUGAACUCAGCUGAGGACAGCUUGUAUACAUUUACUCAACCAGCUAAACGCAGAGACUGUUUUGUAUUCCAAACUUGUGUCAUUAUAACAAGCUUAACCAGGAAGAUAACUGGACUAUAAUCUACGUGGCGACCCGUCAUUCAUGCAGUGCGACCAGAGUAAAGCACAGCACAGGAACGCUUCUGUCUGAAAUACUCUGUUGAGACGGCUUUCUUGUCUGCAAAAAGCGUUUUCUUUGCUGUGUUACAUUCAACGGUGCCGAGCGAAGAUAGUUUAUAACAGAAAAACAAACGUGUUAGUCUAGUGUAAAAUACUCCGACUAUAAUGUAAACAAUUUUAUGAACAAAUACAUUUUUCAUUAAACCUGUGUGGUGUCUUAUAACUCUAUCUUCUCGUGUUACAUUUGCACGCUUUCUUCUCUCGCCCACAGAAAUGAAGAAACGGUCGGAUGCUGAAUGUUAAUUGUUACGGAUGAAGCUCGUAAAUCUUUUUUUGUGUUUUGUGCGCUUUGCUGAUCUGCUGCAGACAAACACGAUUACAGGAGCUGCCCUUCAUGGCAGAUGCGCUAACACUGUUAGGGAAGUGCAAUCCAAUCUGGAACGGCACGACCAGCGUGUGAGGCGUUAUCCUGUGUGUGUGUGUGUGUGUGUGUGUGUGUGUGUGUGUGUGUGUGCUUAAUGAGUGUGCGUGGAAAGUUCAAAGGCAUUGGCAAACCCAUUGACUUUGAAUUGCAUUAUAUUCUCUUUCAUUAAAAAUCCAAUAUGGAUCCCAACACAAACCUGAGCGAGGUGAUGAAUCGGCGUCACAUGCAGACUGAUGGGAGGCAUUUAUCAGCGGUGCUCAGUCAUAGAUCAAGCGAGUUUCAGCACCACGGACAGGGCUUUUAGAGCACGGCCAUUUGUCACCGCCACAGGAGCUAAAAUAUGACCCAUUAGGAGGCAGGUAGUGAAUAGGUCAGCAAGAACGUGGCGCACCAAGCCGCCCCCUUCCCCGUGUGACCCCGGAGAGAUGCUGCCACCAUAUCAGGAACAGCUCAGCAACUCUCAGGCUCGUUUGUUAAGCGGCGAGAUCGAGGGGGAGGAAGACAAAUGGGUUGCAACCAGGACAAAGUAGUUUCAGUCCCAAACAGGACGGAGGACGCCAAACUGAGCUGAUGUAACUGAUGUGCUGAGCUCUCCAGUACAAGAUAACCAGCCGCGGGUUCAUUAAAGAGUCUGCUGAUUCUGUUCGGUGAGGAGCAUUCUGGGUAUUUAAGGGAGCAGCUGCAGGAGAAAGAAAGGAUUGUGUAAAAGAGAUGACAGGCCGCUUUAGAGGCUUAUUCUUUUUCUGUUUGCUUCCUCACCUCUGCAGCGGAGUUCAGCUCCGGUUCAUCCCCACUGAGAGGAGAGGAGGAUGUGUCAGAGUGUAAUCCGCACAGAGAAACAAAUAAAAACACAAGUAUCUCAUUUGGGUGUUUCUUAUACUCUGUCAAAAAAUACAAAUAAAGAACGGAAGAAAACUGAAAGAGAAAAAAAAAUCAUCCAAGUCGGUAAUGUUCAGAUUCAGAGGGGGGAAGUCUGAAACAGGAUUAAUUGUUUCUACGCAGCAUCCAUACAGACUGAAAGGUUAAAUCAAAUUCAUAUUUUUAAAAUUUGUCUCUUUCUCUCGAGACUCCACACAAACCAAAAACAACAGGCAACCUCGCCAGGAUCGUGCAACAGCGGAAAAAAGUCUGAGAAUGAAUACAAUAACAGGAAUGAAAAAUUUAAAUUAUAGAGGGAACACUUGUUCUUCUCAUUUUCUUUGUUUCACAUUUCAGACUCACAGAUUUCAGUCUCAGAGACAAAGCUGCAAUCAUUCUCCUUGCCUUCAUUUCUGUCCACCAGUUCUCCUCUCUUCCUCAGUGUCAUGCUAAAACGCCUUGUAGAGCUUUAGUUUACGGUUUCAUGGCGAUCAGUCCUGGAGGAUAACAGAGUUUGAGGCGACUAGUUGAGGGCUUGUUUUUUCUGUUCCUUUUGUCUCACUUUCUCCUUUUUUUAAAAAUAGCGACACAGACCAGGCUGGCUGCGCAACAUUUUUCGCAUCUUUUCUCCCUCACACGGUAGUAAUCAUGCAUUUACAGAAAACAGUGGUAUAUUGUUCCGUAAAUAAACUUUUCCUCUAUUGAUUGAAAAAGUCCUAUAUUAAAGUUAAAGAGUGACCAGCGGAGACGGGCAGAGAACUCGCAGGCUAGUAGUUUGUGCUUUACAACUUUCCCUGCAGGCUGAGAGCUCAACUAGGGAACUGUAGCUAGUAGGAGAGCAAACUCCAC